AUGUGGAGGUUAACGUGUGUCAGUUUGGCCCUGCUCUUAUGUGUUCAAGGUUCAUUUUCUCAGCUGAAUGUUUGUGGACAAGCCCCUCUAAACACCCGUAUUGUGGGUGGUGUGGAUGCCUCUGAGGGUUCGUGGCCGUGGCAGAUCAGUUUGCACAGCUCCAACUUUGGAGGUCAUUUUUGCGGAGGCUCCCUCAUCAACAAUGAAUGGGUGCUGACGGCAGCUCACUGUUUACCAGGUGUCAGCGCAUCCAGCCUGCGUGUGUAUUUGGGAAGGAGGACACAACAGGGAGUCAAUGCCAAUGAGAUCAGCAGAAAUGUCACUUCGAUCAUCGUCCACAACUCCUACGACAGGAACACAAAUAAUAAUGACAUCGCUCUGCUCCAGUUGUCCUCUGCAGUCACCUUCAAUAACUAUAUUAGACCUGUGUGUCUGGCAGCCCAGAACAGUGUCUUCCCUUCUGGCACCAGCAGCUGGAUCACAGGCUGGGGAGAUAUUCAAUCUGGAGUGAGCCUACCAUCUCCUGGGAUUCUGCAGGAGACUAUGGUUCCAGUGGUGGCUAAUGAUCAGUGUAAUACUCUUCUGGGUUCUGGAUCUGUUACCAGCAACAUGAUGUGUGCUGGUUUAAUGGAGGGAGGCAAAGACACUUGCCAGGGGGAUUCUGGUGGUCCAAUGGUGAGCAAGCAGUGUUCAGUGUGGGUUCAGUCUGGUAUCACCAGCUGGGGUUAUGGCUGUGCUGAUCCCAAUGCACCUGGUGUUUACACCAGCGUGUCACAGUAUCAGAUCUGGAUCACCAACAACAUUGGGCAGAACCUGCCAGGUUUUGUCACCUUCAGCCCUACAAGCACAUGCCAGUCUGUUUCUACUACAUCACCCACUUCUACAACCUCCCCAACUACUACUAAAACUACUACCACCCCAAAAACCUCUACUACCUUAAGACCAGCAACAACGACUCUUUCGCCCAAUCAGGGGUUUUAG